CAUUCCGUAUCUGAGCGGUGCCGGAGCUCUUGUAAUCACUGGUGUAGCAGCAUAUUAUGCUACAAGACCUAAGCCGGAAAAACCAUUGUGGCCACUCGACGCUCAAAGUACUUUACUUCCGGCGGGAAGGAAAAUAAAGAAAGAAGAAAACGAAGGUGACGAUGAUGAUGAUGAUGAUGAUGAUGAUAAAAAAGAAGAAGAUGAAAAUCAAGAAUGGACAAUAUAGCAUCAACAGAUCGGUACUUCCGAUCGAGACGAUGAUCCAAGUCCGGUGUUUUGUCGAGAAUGACUCUCUCUCUCUCUCUCUCUCUUUCUCUUUCUAUCUAUCUCUUUCUGUCUGUCUCUUUCUCUCUCCCUUUCUACAUCAACGAGACACUACUAUAUUUAAAUAUAGUCGAGAGUAGUUUGCGGAUAGAGAAUAGGCCGUGCGCGCUUCGUGGCACGAAGUAUGAGAGAGUCAAAACGUUGAAAACUAGAGUACUCUACUCGUCUUAGUUAGCGAGUUAAGUCGGUAGAAGUUCGGUAGCAUCACCUCGUGACAAGCUUCUUUAAUGCCAAAAUUUGGUCUCUCGAAAAAGCAAGUGGAGGAGAAUCAGUAACCGCGGGCAUAUCGGCCCGUACGUCUCGUCUCAAUCCGACGACUCGUUUGGCUCAUUCCUAUCGAAUCUCAACGUUCAAACGAAUUACUGACUCGUUUGAUUAUUAUUUAAAAUUUUUUAUCUCGAACUUCUUUAAUUUGUUCUUUUUUUUUUUUUUUUUUUUUUUCCCCAAAAUGUAUUUCCUUUGAAAGGUUUGCUUAAGAUAUUGGGAAUAAGGGAUAAAAAAGAACGACGUCGUAUCGCGUAUCACGGCGUGCGUAAAUACGCGUCCGUACACGCAUUGUCCAAUUAAACAUCCGUCCGUGCGCGGUACGAAAAAUUAUGCCAUCCUCGGGCUGGUUUUUUCACGAGCCGAUCCGCGCGCCGAUCGACCUCAACGAGCAAUCUGAUACCUUCAAGGGUGCCGAUUUGAUAAGAGUCUCGCGAUUCUACAAGGACAGCAAGGAGGGCAAGUUCAUAAGUUAUAUUCACGAGGACACCAAGACGCUUUACGAAGGCUUUCGCAGAGGUGCCAAAGAGUCCAACAACGGUCCGUGUCUUGGCUGGCGAGAUGGACCUAACAAACCUUACCAAUGGAUUCACUACAACGAGACUUUACUCAGGGCAAAGAACUUUGGUUCCGGUCUCGUAUCCUUGGGAUUGGUCCCUGGUCAGCACACAUUGGUGGGCUUAUACAGUCAAAAUUGUCCUGAGUGGAUCCUGACGGAACAAGCAUGUUACACGUAUUCAUUGGUCAUUGUACCGCUUUACGACACAUUAGGACCAGACGCGUGUGCAUACAUUAUCAACCAGGCUGAUAUCAGUAUAGUAGUUUGCGAGGAUGAUAAGAAAUCUAACUUACUUCUCGACAAAGCUCCUAGGUGUUUAAGGAAGUUAAUCGUCAUUAAAGAAACGAGACCGGCGACGAAUCAGAGAGCGAAGAAUCGCGGGAUUGAACUUUUGAAGUUUGAGGAUAUCGAACGACUUGGUGCACAGAAGAAUCAACCUGAAGUACCACCGAGGGUUACGGAUCUUUGUACGAUUUGUUAUACUUCCGGGACGACGGGUAACCCAAAAGGAGUUAUGUUGACGCAUCAAAAUGUAAUGGCAGGCGUAUGCGCGGUCCUAUUGCAAUUGGGUGAUCACACACCGACCUGCAAAGAUACCAUGAUUAGCUUCUUACCCCUUGCACAUAUGUUGGAACGUUGUUGCGAGAAUGGUUUAUAUAUGGUUGGAGGAUCAGUCGGUUUCUACAGCGGUGAUAUCAAGAGGUUAUCGGACGAUAUGAAAGCAUUAAAACCUACCGUAAUGCCGGCUGUACCUAGGCUGUUAAAUCGCAUGUACGACAAAGUACAAUCGGAACUUCAGAGUUCGUUCUUCAAGAGAAUGAUAUUUAACAUUGGGAUGCGCUCGAAGGAAAGGGAGAUCAAGAAGAGUAUAGUGAGGAACAAUGGCGUAUGGGAUAGGCUGGUAUUCAAGAAGAUUCAAGAGUCUAUGGGUGGUAGAUUGAGACUUAUGUUAGUGGGUUCCGCGCCAUUGGCUGGUAAUGUCCUCACUUUUACAAGGUGCGCCCUUGGCUGUCUCGUCGUCGAGGGAUAUGGUCAAACUGAAUGUUGCGCACCGAUCACUCUCACUAUACAGGGUGAUCAUGUACCAGAACACGUGGGACCACCAGUAGCUUGUUGCUGCAUUAAACUAGUAGACGUACCAGAAAUGGAAUAUUAUGCUAUCAACAAUCAAGGCGAGGUGUGCGUCAAGGGUACUAACGUAUUUGUAGGAUAUUUCAAGGAUCCAGAAAAAACGGCUGAGGUAGUCGAUGAACUCGGAUGGCAUCACACGGGAGACGUUGGCAUGUGGUUACCCAACGGCACGUUAAGAAUAAUCGAUCGGAAGAAACAUAUUUUUAAAUUGUCCCAAGGGGAAUAUAUAGUUCCUGAAAAAAUCGAAAAUGCCUAUUUACGUAGCCAAUAUGUGCAUCAAGUAUUCGUCCAUGGGGAAUCUUUAAAAUCUUGCGUCGUAGGGAUAGUUGUACCGGACGUAGACGUAAUUAAAUGUUGGGCCGUGGAAAACGGUAUACCAGGUACAUUAAGCGUUCUUUGCGCGAAUCCAGAGGUCAAGAGGUUGAUCUUGUGCGAUAUGCACAUGUGGGGAAAAGAAAAUGGUUUGAAGUCAUUCGAACAGGUCAAAGAUAUUUACUUACAUCCGGACCCAUUUUCCGUACAAAAUGGUCUUCUCACGCCGACGUUGAAAACAAAAAGGCCUCAAUUAAAAGCAUACUUCAAGCCCCAAAUAGAAGAUCUUUAUCAACAAUUUAACUGAUCGGAUUGAAUGCCAGUGUUUUCGUCGAACGAACUAUUCAAACGUUUCUCCAAUAAAUUCAGAUCUACCGUCUCAAAUAUUCCUUAAAGUCUUAAUACUUUUAUUAUGAAUCAUUUUCACAGAUAUAUAGAGCAUCGCAGAAGAAGCACCAUCUAAGUUAUUGAGGUACUUGAUAAUAUUAUAUCUCUAAUAAAAUGUGUUAUAUUAUUA